AUGAUCAACGACAACUCAUACUUUCCUACAUGUAAACGCAGAAAGAAAGCUGGGAAGAUCGAAGAUAGGCUCAGUGAACUCCCCAACCAUCUCCUCCGUCGCGUUCUCUCCUUCGUCGACUCGAAAUUCGCCGUCCAAACUUGCCUUCUCUCCUGGCGUUGGAGAUCCGUCUGGAAAGGCGUCCCUGCCCUCAAUUUGGACUCCAAAUCCUUCAACAAUACUGGCGAUAGCUUCAACAAGUUCGUCUCCAAAAUCCUCUCCCGCCACUACGACUCCGCCCCAGUCGACGAAAUCAACUUGGAAAUUAAGGGCGCCUUUGACCAUUCUUUCAGCGAGUCUUUCUCGAUGUACCAGAGGCUCUUCGAUUACGCGGCCUCGCAUGAGAUUCGACACUUUUGCUCCGCCGAUGAGGAUGGAGAGCUUUGGAAUUAUUUUAACGAAGUGGGAUUCGGUUCCCCUGCUUUCAGAAUGCUCACGACUCUGCAUUUGGAGGGCUGCCAGGUGUAUUGCCAGGGCAGCAUCGACUGGCUCGACCCGUUCGCCGAUUUUCCCAAUCUACACGAUCUAUCCCUGAAUCGUUGCAGCUGGAGAGGUGACUGUGAAGAUGAUGGCGAGGAGGAACACCCCGUCCGCUUGAGAAUCUCCGGGAUCAAAUUGCUGAAUCUGAAGAUGUGCUGUGGGACGUGCGCAACAUCGAAGUAUUCGCGCACAAUCUCGAGUCCUUCUGUUACGGAGAAUGUACAAGAGUGGAGAUUUAUGUACAUAUCUCGAAUGUACAAGGUGGAAAUUAUAAAUAUUUAA